GAUUUUUCUUCUUUCCAUUUGUUCGCCUGCUGGUUCUGCUCCGCUGUGGGCCGUGCCCUCUUCAGAACAAAGGUCGUGUAUGAACGAACGGGAGGGGGCCAGGGGUGCAGAGGCGGGAGGAGGCUGGUCGUUUGCCACGAAGGUACUUAGCGGAACGUGACGACAAUUUUGAGUUGCUUGCUCGUUGGUCGUAGUAGAGCGUCAGCCGGAGUAUCCCUUCUCAGAUCUGUGUUUUGUCUCUCCUACGUAGGUCUUCGUCUUCUCUCUCCUGUUCAUCGCCAUAUCCGUGCGAGAUGAAGGUCUCUGUAAAGCCGUUUCUACUGCUGUUGAUCGGCUUGUUGUGUCUCUCUCACCCUCUACAUCGGCUCGCGCGAGCCGACGAUGACGGCCAGUGUGGCGUGUCUCCAGAUGGAGGGUGCGCUGCAUCUGGGGGCGCCAAGGACGCAGAAGUACCGAAGGGUGACGAUGAGGGGGCCAAGGAUGUCGAGGAAGGCCUGGAGGAUGAAGAGUGGGGUGUUUACGUAACCGACGCGGAGGAUCCUCCUUAUGUGGACGAUAAACCCGCCGCCGCCGCCGAUGCGGAAGAAGAGGAGAAGGAGGUUGAGGACGAGGGUCCGACCGAUGUCGUCGCCCUGGACUCGACCACGUACGCGGAGACGGUGAAGUCCAAGGAGUUCAUCAUGGUGGAAUUCUACGCUCCGUGGUGCGGGCACUGCAAGAAGCUUCAGCCCGAGUAUAAGGUCGCGGCUUCUAAGAUAAAGGCGAUUUACGGAGAUAGGGUGACGCUGGCGAAGGUUGAUGCCUCUGUUGAGAAGGAUCUCUCCUCCGAGAACGAGGUGUCGGGUCUGCCGACCAUAUUCUGGUACGAGAAAGGCGAGAAGAUCGCGACCUACUCAGGUGGACGGACAGCGGAUGGCAUCGUGAUCUGGAUUAAGAAGAAGUUGGGAGAUUCCGUUGACGUCAUCGCCACCAAGGACGCCGCCGAGGAGUACAUGUCUCAGAACCCGCGAUUUGCAAUCGGAUAUUUCGAUAGCCUCAGCGGCCCCGAGUGGGAGGCAUUCCAGGAGGCCGGGAAGCUGGAUGAUAGCAACAAUUUUGUCGUGACGACCUCCGCUGACGUGGCCGCUGUAUUUGGCGUCGCAGUUAAAGCUCCGGCUGUUGUGUUUGUGAAGGAAGGUGACGCUGGUAAGUUCAAUCUCUACGAGGGAGAUGAGUUCACAGCGGCGGCGAUCAAGAAAUUCGUGGUUGGCAACAAUUACGAGCUGUACUACAAAUUCCAGGAGGCCAAUGUGCAGAAGAUCUUCCAGAGUGGAAUUCAGAGGCAGUUGCUUUUCUUCCUGACCGCGGCCCAGGAGGAGGAAUACCUGCCUUUGUUCAAGAAGGCGGCGAAAUCCGUGCUGGGAGAGGUUGUCUUCGUGCACGUCGACGUCGACCAUUCCGAGUCGGCAAGUGUGUUGAAUUACUUCGGCGUUCAGGGCAAAGAACCGCGGGUGGUCGGUUUCUCCACUUUCGAUCGGAAGUCAAAGACCCACGCUUUCGACAAGGAAAUUGUGUAUGAGAACGUCCUUUCGUUCGCUAAGGACUUCGCCGCCGGGAAAGUUCCUCACAUCCCUCUGUCUGAGAGGAUUCCCGAGGGUCCUAAUGACGGCCCAGUGAAGGUGGUCGUCGGAAAGACUUUCGAUCAGAUCGUGCUCGACUCAUCCAAGGAUGUUUUCCUCUUCGUGUACAAAUCCGCAGACUGCGAACGCUGUGACGAUUUCUCCCCUGUCAUUGAUAAACUCGGAAGUAGGUUCAAGGCGGUUGACAGUGUUGUCAUUGCGAAGAUUGACGGAGUGGCCAACGAGCUCGCUCGGAUUGAUAGCUCGAAAGAUCACCCUCUUUUGCUUCUGUUUAAAGCAGGUGAUAAGUCUGCUGAUCCUGUCGCUUAUGAGGGCGAGAGUAAUAUCACUGCUCUGACCAAGUUCCUCAAGGACAACGUCGCGAUCCCUUUCAGAUUGGCGAAGAAGGAAAAGGCGCCGGAGCCGGCGGAGGGCGAAGCGAAAGAUGAGUUGUAGAGGUUCAAAUUUGCUUUUAGCAACUGGUUUUGUAGUUUUCGAAGUUUUUUUUGUUUGCCGAAGUCUUGGCCUCGGUUUUGGGUUUUUAACUGUCUAUUCUGAGUUGUUAGGUAGGUAACUCUCCGCCUUUCUGCCCUUCUGUUCUCUGUGAUUUUAGUCCGUUCAUUCAUCAUUCCCCCCUCCCCCUCCGUCCCUCCCCCUCCCUCCCUCCCCCUCCCUUCCCCUCCCAGCCCAAGUUUCUCUUCCUUAGCGGCUCGCCCUCUUGUGGGUUCGAUGACAUCUCACGCAGUUCUAUUGCCGUGAGUUUUCCGCUUGGAUUUGCGCUUCGAGAUGUGGACGAAUGUUGUGGCGAGAGAAACAGAAUCGAUCGAGGCGCGAUCAGUUCGUCUGUACGUUUAUUUUUCUUCCCUCGAGUGGAAGUAAGCCAUUGAGUUUAGUAUUCGAUACGCUGAGUGCAUGCGGUGGCCAUGUAAUACGAUGGCUUGUCUGAUGGAAAUGCUUGACGUCCAUUUUUCGUCCCUUUUCUGCUGUUGGAAUGUCAUCUGUGUGGAAAUGACGCCGUUGAAAUAGUCAUUAGCACAGUGUUUCCCUCCCCCUGCCCUUCCGUGUUUGCAGUGGUGUUAUUCGUCGAUGUUUGUGGAAUCGGCUUCAUUGUCAGAUUUCUGCGUCAUGUGCCUUCAUGUACCUAUUCUGUCCCUCUACCUACGAAGCGUACUCUUCUCCCCGGUCGAGUCCCCAUGCUUCCCUCCCAAUCUUCCGCCCGGCUCUAUAUGUGUUGUCGCGUGUUCGCUAUCUGUGCGCGUCUGCGUGUGUGCAUGUGUGUGUGUGUGUGUGUGUGUGUGUGUGUGUGUGUGCGUGCAACUCCACCAAACAAGCAUCACUGUGCCAGACUGUUUCGUCGGACUUUUACCGACUCAUCAGGAGGCUGAACCCCGACUAUGACAGUCUUCCCAAAAUGCAUUUCGCCGGUGGAUUCACCACGUUGCCCAGAGUUAGUGAUAGCCCUGGGAAAAGUUGUGGACUUUACUUUCACCAACCCUUGGGGCUCGCGCGCGCACGCGCGUGUGUGUGUGUGUGUGUGUGUGUGCGCUUGCAUUUUGAACGUUUCUCGUCUGUAUCCUCAGCACUUGUUCAAUGACUGCUCCCUUUUUCUGCACUCUCUUGGGCCUGGUGGAUUUCUCUAUGUUUGUAUGGAUAUUCGCUUGAAUCUUUUCCUCAAGGGUAGAAUGCCGAUUCUGACGGUGAUUAUCUGGUGGAAAUCACAGUCGAAAUUGCUAACCGAAUAUCACACCGAUUCAUCAUAGCAACAGCGCAUGAUGUAUAGGACAAGGCCAAUUCUCAUUGUGAUUACCUGGUGGAUAAAAGCAGUUGAAUUCG